AUGGAAGUUAAUAAGAGCUUUAAAAAUUCUUCAAUUAAUUCAAAGUAAGUAAAUUUGUUAAAAUUAUAACAAUAAUAAUAUUAUUAUCUUAGUAUUUUAAAAAUCACCAAUUUCAUUUUCUACUCACCUAACUACAAAAAAUUGUCCCGCGACCAUUCCCUGUCAAGAAACAAUAAAAAGGAAUUUCCAACCAGUUUCCAUGAUGCUCCUUGUUAAAAGUUAUCAAAAUUUCCGCAGUCUGAAAAAUUUGUAAUGACUCAUGAGUGUAAACAUACAGUUGUAUUCAGAGAACUUCAAAAUUACAAAAGCUUUAAAAGAUAUGUAAUAUAUAUGAUUUAGUAAAAUGUCAUCUAUUUGUUUGAUGUAUGUAUAAUUUUAAUAAUAUAUUACAGAAUUUUUAUAUUUCUAUUUUACAUCAUAUGAUAUCUGAUAAUAUUCAUAACAAUUGCACACAGUAAAGCAAGUAAGACUAAGACGAUAAUACACACCAGGAAAAAGAGGAACAUACAUUUCAACCCAACCAAAGACAGCAGCCCACAAUUCUCUAGGACAGUAGUCCAUUAGGCCAGUCCAUCCCUGUCCAUAACAAUAAUAACUAUCGAAUGUACUAUUUAUGAGAUAUAAAAGUAAAACCUUUAGGACUGUGGAGUAGAGAGAGAUACCUAAUUUAUUUCAGUGUACAUCUUGUAUCUUUUUUGGAACAUCACCAUACCCUACUUUUUUAUCUAAAUAUUAACCUAUUAUAUAUAAGUUGUAACUUAUGAAAGGUAUAAUAUGGGGUGUUAAAGUUAUGCAUAUCAACAAAAUUAUUAUCUUUUCGAAUCUGAUUUGAAAAGGAGGGAAAUAUGAAAAUAAAAAGUUGAUAUAUAUUACAUUCUCUAUUAAGCUUAUGGUAUUCAGAAUUCAUUUUAAAAAUAUUGUAAAUAACAUCAUUAAAUGAAUAAAAACUACAAAAGUACAAAUAAGCAUUAAAAUAUAUGUACAAGGAUACAGCGAAAAAAAAUUAAGUAUAGAAAGUUUGAUAAAUUCAUUUGAUAUUGAUUAUUCUUAAAUUUAUUUAAAAUUUAUUAAAUUUAUAUGUAUACUUAAUUUUGACUUUGAAGUGGAAUUCACGUGUAUAUUUUUUAUGAAACUAGGUACUAAUGUGUACAUAAAUAAAAUAAUGACGUAAUUAUUAUUUACUUAUACUUAUACUAAUUUUUUUAUUUUGAUUUUUAGUUUAAAUAUCUUUUUAAAUAGAAAAUUAUCAAUUAUUAAUUUAUUAUUAUUAGAGUGAGUAAUAAUAAGAAAGAAUAAUAAUAUAACAUUUGAUAUCUUUUAUUUGUAGAAUGUUCAUUCUUGUUUUCAUUAUGCAUUUUGAUGAUAAAUAUCUCAUUUAGGAUAAUUACUCUGAAAUUAUGAAAACAUAAAUUUUAAAUACAUAAUUGUUAGUGGUUUAUCCACUUGAAGAAGCAGAAACAUAUUUAAAUUCAUCUCUGUCUGUUAAUAUUAAAAAAAUAUUAACUGCCAACAGAUUUUCAAAUAAAUUCAUUAUAUCGAAAAUUGAUGAAAGGGAUAUCAAAUCAACUGAAGAGUUUGUUGGAGAUAUAUUACCAGAUCUUAUAAAAAUAGAUGAAUAUGUAGAUCAUUAUGGCAUAUUAAAAAGAAAUUUCCAAAAGAUUCGGUUUUAAAUCGGACAGAAAAAACACUUAUUAUGUAUUUCUGAUUUGUACAAAGAAAAAUGAAUUCUACAAUUCAUAGUCCAACUAACGGGACCUGAAUGUAAUAAAUAAAUCACUACCAAAGAAACGUGUACAAAAUUGACUAUUAAUUCAGUAGAAAAUAAUGAGGAAAAUAUUUGUUUAAAAAAAUCUCGAUUAGAAACAAUUAAUGUUGAUGUAACAUCUAAAAAACUACCUGUUGAGGAAAGAAUCACUGAAUGGAUUAAAAUUAAUUUAGUAAAUUUAUUUAAAAAUCAAAAUUUGGAUAAAACAAACUCACAUAGGAAACCUUACAGUUUCAAAACAUGAAAAAAGUAAAAUACAGACAAUUAAUCAACUUGUUGAUUUUAUUUAAAAAAAGAAAAAAAAACAAUUAUUGCAAUCAUUGAUAGAACAAGUUAAUUUAACAAAUACAUCAACUGAUAUUAUGAAACCAAGUACUUAUAAAAUCAACAGAGUUUACGUGAGUUAUUUAUGACUAAUGUUACUGAUAGCUAAACCACCUUUAACAACAACUGUUGAUUUAGUUUCACUAAUAUGGAAAUCUGUAAAAUACCAAUGAAGUUUACCCUCAAAACAACGAAGAGAAAAAUGCUUGAUCAAGGGUAAUCAGAAACAACCAGUAAUAACAUAAUCUUUUCCUAUUACUGAUGGUGUCCAAAAGUUACACAAUAAAAAUGUAAAUAUGCAAAUAUUAUUGCUAGAAAAUGAUUCAUACCUAAAAAAACUCAUUAGCAAGUCAAAAUGUAUCCACUAUUUUUAAUAUAAGUUGAUUUUUAAAAUGUCUAUAUGAAACAGCUUUAAAAAAUUUAAAUGUUUCUUAUAAAAAUUUGCAAUACCAAAAUAAAUUGAACAAUAGAGUAAAAAAGUUUUCAAUUUACUUAUUUAUUAUUAGUGGAAGAGUGUUAUAUGAAAAAUGUUUUACCUUCAAUUACAACUAUUUUUAUAUAUGUGCAUCAAAACUAAUAUAAAAUUACGGAAUAAACAUUUAGGUUUUAAGAAUUGAGAUUAUUUUUAAUCCAAAGAAAUUUACCUCUUCAAGCUUGGAUUAUUGAAGAUGGUACAAGAAUCCCAGGAAAAAUUGAGUAUGAAAAACAUUCCAUCAAAUAAGUUGAAUUGGUUCUUCCUUUAAAAAAUGGACAUCUUCAAACAGAUAAAUAUAUUGUCUCAUCAGCUACAUAGUUGGUAAAUCAUUUUAAUUCAGAAUUCUGAGCAAAUUAUACAUAUGUUAUAAUAACCCAGUCUAUUGAUGAUUCUGCUCCAUCAUUUUUUUAAAUCUAUUGUACAAUAUAUUAAAAAUGAAGCUAUGAAAAACAUCAAACCUUUUUCAAAUUAUAAUAAUAUACAAAUAUUAAUGUUAAAGAUUAGUGAUCAAUUUACACAGUAUAAUAAUUGCGACUAGUGAAAAACAUGUUACAAAAAUAUACCCUCAAAUAGUUGUGGAGUCUAUAUUCGUAAACACGAAGGAGAAAACAUAUACAUAAUCAUGAACUUCGAACUCCUUCAGCAAGUAGAUGUGAAUAAAAGUAUAAUUGCUUUAUGGGAAGUUUAACUUCUAUGUUGUAGUAUAGAUUUUAGGUAAUCUUAGUUUUGAAUAAAAUAAUUAUGAGUAAAAUUCAAAGCUCUGACUUUGAUUUUUCAAAUGUUGAUAAUGAUCUUAAAUAUAUUACCUAAAAUAUUUACACUUAAAAUGAUUUUUCGAUUCGUAGUAUGAAUAUCUGAAGCUUGAGUAGACAUUUUGAUGAACUUAUUGUAUUUUUAGAUUCUUGUUAUUCUAUUCGCCAAUUAAUAUUUAGAGUUGUUGUAUCCUAUGUUCUAUAUUAAAUUUACUAAAUUCCCACUUAAAACAGUGACACACAUAUUAGCUCAAUCCUUUAGUUGUAUUUAAUAGCAAUGUUAUUAUUAUUAUUAUUAUAAGUUAAAGUACCUUCCAUUUCCAGUUAUGGUUUCUAUAACUCAUAGGUUUCUAACUCAAACUCAAAUUUUAUUGUAUUGUACAUAUUUUUUAUUUGUAUUUAAUGAUCUAAGUGAUUAUAAUAAUCAUUUUAUUUUUCAGAUUAAUAUACAACUCUGAACAAGUAGGCGAAGAAAUAAAUAUCCAAAUUAAAAAAGAAGUAGACAUCAUUGACGGUUAUGUUUUUGAGAGUCAGAUAAGCAUUGAAACAGAUCCAAUAGAAUAUAUUUUGUAUCAAGAUUUAGAUAUUGGACUUCACAAAUGUGGUUUUUGUAAGAUAUCAUUUCCUCAAACAUCCCAAUUAAAAUCCCAUUUAAAAGUUCAUACUGGAGAAAGGCCUUUUAUAUGCAAUGUUUGUGGAAAGUCAUUUACCCAUAAAAGCAAUUUAAAAACUCAUUUAAGAAUUCAUACAGGUGAAAAGCCUUAUAAAUGUUAUAUCUGUCAGAAGUCAUUUGUUACUAAAAACAAUUUAACAACUCAUUUAAGAAUACAUACAGGAGAAAAGCCAUUUGAAUGCGAUUUCUGUAAAAAGACAUUUUCACAGUUUUGUUCUUUAUCAUACCAUUUAGAAUCUCAUACAACAGAAAGACCUCACGAAUGUGUAAAGUGUAAAAAAACAUUUAUUCAUUUAAGAGAUUUUUUAAAUCAUACUAAAGAAAAUCCUAAUAAAAGUAAAACUCGUAAAAUGACAUUUCCUCAUAGUUCCACUUUAAAUAUCCAUAAAAGAACUCAUGUGGGAGAAAAACCGUAUAAAUGUAAUGUUUGUGAAAAGACUUUUAAUCGAAAAAACUCUUUAAAAUGUCACAACACAAUUCAUACUGAAGAAAAAUUGUAUAAAUGUAAUAUUUGUGCGAAGACUUUUCCUCGAAAAGGCUCUUUAAAAUGCCACAACAGAAUUCAUACUGGAGAAAUAUCAUAUAAAUGUAAUAUUUGUAAGAAGUCAUUUACUUAUAAAAGCAAUUUAACAGCUCAUUUAAGAAUUCAUACAGGAGAAAAGCCUUAUAAAUGUUAUAUCUGUCAGAAGUCAUUUGCUAUUAAAAGCAAUUUAACAACUCAUUUAAGAACUCAUACAGGAUAA